GCCUCUCGGCAGCCAGCGCCGACCCAGCCACAAGCCAACCGGCCACAGGGGUCGCCGCCACCGAAGAGAGCUAACUUCUGCUCCCAGGAUGGAAGAAGACGCUGGCCUGUUCACCGACAUGGACGGCAUCUUGAAGGAUGAAGUAGACGAAUUAGAGAAUGAAGAGUUUGGGGUGAAAUGUCCUCUGGGAAUGGAGAACACUGCUGCCCGCAGCCACCCCUGUCCCGGGAAGGAGAGAAGCCCUGAUACCCAGAAAGCGAAGACGCUGGCCACUGCCAGAGACAGGGUGCAGGCGUCCCAGCUGCGCAGGAGCCUGGACCUCCUGGACAAGGAGCAGGAAGAGAAGGACCUGUUCCUCCAGAAGACCCGGAGGGAGCUGUGUGCCUGUCGUCACAGGAUGGACCUGCUGAGCAAGCAGCAGGCAAACGUGGCUGCUGAGGUCGCUCGGGAGAGGAAACGCAACAACAUGGCAGCCGUGGGCCGCCUGCAGGCCGCAUCCUGUCGCCUGUGCUUGGAACUAGAGGAUGAGCAUGUCCUGCAGUCAACACUCGGGGCCGUGCUGCAGGAGAGCGAGAACGCCAUGUGGCACCUUGAGAUCAAGAAGGGGCAGCUGGAGGACGUCCGGAAGUCCAGCCACAAGGAGGCACAGACCAGGGACCGGUGUCUCCGGGAGCAUGCGGCCCAGCAGCUCUGCAGGGAGGAGGAGGCCUCGCGGAAGGCGGAGAGGAACCGGCGGCUCCGGACCCGGAAGUCCUUGUACACGCAGAGGGAGCUGGGGCUCAGGCACCAGAAGCUGGUGGAAGACGCCCAGAAGAACCACCGUGUGGCAGUGAAGUUCCUGAAGGCCUCCCUGGGCCGGGUCCGGGAGCAAGAGCGCAAGGAGAAGCUGGAGUCCCACGAGCACCUGCAGCGGCGCAUGGAUGCGGUGCUGGCACUGAAGAACAGCAUUGCCUCGAACCGGGAGGCACUGCGGAAGUUCCAGGCCUGGGACCGGGCUCGGGCAGAGCAGGCGGAGCAGCUGGCCCAGGCGGAGCAGCAGGAGGUCCUGGCCCAGGGCAGGGAUGCCUUCAAGCACAUUUUCCACGAGCAUCGGCGCCAAGAGCUGGAGGCGCAGAGGCGGGCCUUCGAAGAGGAGCAGAAGCUUCGGAAGCGGGAGAUCGUCAGUCGGAUUCUGGAGGAGGCCCAGGACGAGGGCCGCAAGAGGAGACGGCGGCCGCCUGCCAAAGCCACUGCUCUCCGGACGCUGAGGGACAGGACCUGGAACUAUAUCUCCGCCUUCUAUGAGGGGAAGGCGGCCCCCACGGCUGCAGGGCACUCGCUGGACAGGGAGAUCGAGACAGACCCCGUGUCCCAGCUGCUGCUGAAGGCCUCCAGUGAAUCCAUGCAGAUGGUUCCUGGGCCCACCAUCCUGGAGGAGGAGACCUUGGCAAAGCCAGAGAUCCCAGGGCUGUGGAGUGAGGCCCACAGGCAGUACCAGGUGCCCAAGGAGGACAUGGACCGGAAGCCUGUGGGUGGGACGAAGAUGGACAAGGACAUUCUGGCCUGCACGCUGGAGCAACUGCGCAGCGGGGUGGUCCACAAGCAGGUGGCAUCCGGCCGGGAGUUCAAGGGCCGCCCGUUCAACAGCAAGCCCGAGCACAUCCACUUCAAGGACUUUGAUGUUGGCAAAGUGUACAAGAAGAAGAUCACGCUGAUAAACGCUACUUACACACUCAACUACUGCAAGCUGGUGGGCGUGGAGCAGCACCUCCGAGACUUCAUCCAUGUGGAUGCGGUGCCAGCCAGCCACCAGGGGUCCCACUCAGUCCCCCACCUACAAGCCGCUGUCCCAUUGGGGUACCGAGUCAGCUUCGAGCCUCCGGGCCCCCUGUCAGCCGGAAUGUCCUGCGAGGCGCUCGUCACAUUCAAGCCCGCGAUAAACAGAGAUCUGGAAGGGACCGUCUCCUUUUUGGCUCAGACAGGUGGAUUUUCUGUCCCACUGAAAUGCUCAACGAAGAAAUGUUCUCUGUCCCUGGACAAGGAGCUCAUCAGCUUUGGCAGCUACGUGGUGGGAGAGACCACGUCCCGCACCGUCACGCUGACCAACACCGGGGGCUUGGGCACUAGGUUCCAGGUCCUCCCGGCCUCCGAGCCCGUGGAGCUGGAGGACAGCCAGUCCACCCUGAAGCUGAGCAGCCUGUACACCUACGAGGGCAGAAACCUCGAUGACAGGGUCACGGCCCCACCGUCUGAGACGCUGCUGGAGGCCAGCACUUCCUCCCUGCUUGACAUCCAGAGCCAGAAGGAGUCGGUGAAGUCGGAGGACCUCAAGGGUGCACCGGCUGCCAGUAGUGUGGCGGGAAUGCCCAGUGAGACCCAGGCAGAGAUCGCACUGGGCGAGGUGACCGAGGGGGAAAUUGGGCCCUUCAGCUCCGUCAGGCUGCCGGUCGUUUUCGCUCCAGCCAUUCCAGGUGAAGUCCACGCCAGGUUCCAGGUGGUGUUCAGUAACCCGCAGUGCCCAACGCUGUAUUUCAGAGCCACAGGAGUGGCGGUGGACGUGCCGGUGUGGGUGCCCAAGCCCAACGUGGACCUCAAGAUCUGCAUGUAUGACCGGCUGUACCAGGACUCGGUGCUUGUGCAAACGCGGUCAAAGGUGGCCCUGCGCCUGAGGUUUGAGGUGUGCAAGGAACUCCGCGGCCACCUGGAGCUACUGCCUGAAACGAGCUACAUCCAGGCUCUGGCGUCGUGCUCUGUGCAGCUCAAGUUCCUGCCCCGACAGUCCCUGCCAGAAGACGCCGGCAAUUAUUUUGACAAGGACAGCUGUGUUCUGGAGGCCCCAAUGACAAUCUGGGUGGCUGACCAGACCAAGCCGGUGGGCUUCACGGUGCACGCCAUCGUCACCACCUCGGACCUGGAGCUCCGCCCCUCCACGGUGGACUUCGGCUACUGCACCAUCUACGAGGCCGUCAGGGUCAGCGUCAGCCUCUGCAACCACUCACUGCUGCCCCAGGAGUUCGGGUUUGUGGGGCUUCCCAAGUUCAUAGAUGUCCAGCCCAGUGACGGCUUCGGGACCAUCCUGCCGCUGGACACACUGCAGCUCGACGUGCUCUUCCAGCCCACCAAGGCCAGAGAGUACAGCUUCCAGCUGGUCUGCAAGUCCCAGAUAAACCGGUGCUUCAGGCUGUCCUGCCAGGCAGUGGGCACCCACCCACCCCUGGAGCUGUCCCACUACCGGAUCAAGUUUGCGGCCACUGCUCUGUACGACACUUCAGUGGCCUCACUGUAUGUCAUCAACUCCCACUUGGCCACGAGCUCACUGUCCCACCGGGCCGGCUCAGGGGAUCUCUGCCCAGUGGGACCAACGUCUUUUGAGUUCCUGCUGCCCCCAGACACACCCAUCACCAUCUCCCCCUUGGUGGGAACCGUGUUGCCUGGAAAGAGAUGCCUGGUCCGGGUGGCUUUCCAGCCCACUCUGCCCCACCAGCUGGUCAACCAAGAAGCCCUGCAGACCCCCAACAAAGAAAUGCAGGCCAAGCCGCUGCAGAAGGACACAGCCACCCAAAGGAAAGACAGGAGGGUGCAGGCCAGGCCAGGCCAGGCCCCUGCCCUUCAGAAGCAAGAGCUGGAAGUCAGAGCUGACGAGUACCGGGCUGCCCAGGCCACUCUGGCCAGAACAUUCCAGGGGCGGUUUGACAAAUUCGUGGUCCCCUGCGUUGUGGCCAGUGGUGAUGUCAAAGACAGGAAUGGGCUAGAACCCCCGAACUUCAGCCCCCACAACACACUGUACCUGGAGCUGUGGUGCCCCGCAGUGGCUCCGGCUAUUGUGGUGACCUCGGACAAAGGCAAACCCAUCAUCGAUUUUGGUGACAUUGCUGUGGGACACCGCAGCAUCAAGAGGGUCUCUCUCCAGAACAUCUGCCCUGAGGACCUGGCUCUGGACUUCUCCGUGUUGAACCCCAGAGGCCCCUUCUUCCUAGUGAACACCCCAAGCAAGCUACACGCCGGCAAGACGCGUGUCCUGGCACUGUCCUUCUCGCCCCAGGAGAGUGUUCUGGCCCAGGAAAUGCUGGAGGUCAUCACCAAGAGAGGCACCCUCACCCUGACCCUGGUGGGCACUGGAGUGGCAUCUGUGAUCACAUGCUCCCUUGAUGGCGACGUCCUCGACAUGGGCUGCGUGCUUGCCAGAGAGUCUGUCUCUACAGGCUUCAAGCUGCAGAACGACUCCUCGCUGCCCAUCCAGUUCUCUGUGCAGCUGGACAGCCUCUUGUGGUCCAGGUCAUCUGUCCGGCAGGAGCUGCCGCAGUUCCUCACCUCCGGACCCCAGAGGACAGAGGUCGUGGGCACACAGAACCACAGUGGCCAAAGCGUGUUCAGCGUGGUCCCCGUCACCGGCAUCCUGGAUCCUGGAAGGGCGCAGGUCUUCACUGUGACCUUCAGCCCCGACCACGAGAGCCUGUACUUCUCCGACCGGCUCCAGGUGGUACUCUUUGAAAAGAAAGUCUCUCACCAGAUCCAACUGAAGGGGGCCGCCCACGAGCACAUGAUGUUCGUGGAGGGCGGGGACCCCCUGGAUGUGCCUGUGGAGUCUCUGACAGCGAUCCCUGCCUCCAACCCAGAGCACAGAGAGGAAGCUGAGGAGCUAAAGCCCAUCCUGCUGACCCUGAAGUACGUCCAGCAUGACACAGACCAGCCAGCCCCUCCCGCCACCAGGGAGCUGCAAGUAGGCUGUAUCCGGACCACACAGCCAGCUCUAAAGAAGACUGCCGAGUUCAGCCUGGAUGGCAUCACGUGGUUACAGCACAGGGGCUUCUCCAUCGAGCCUGCAAGGGGCUUCUUGGAUCGAGGCCAGACCAAGACCAUCAAUGUAUCCUGGGUGCCACCUGCUGACUUUGAUCCCGACCAGCCGCUCAUGGUGUCCACGCUGCUGCAGCUCAGGGGCGAUGUGAAGGAGAACUAUAAAGUCAUCUUUGUGGCCCACGUGGUAACAGGCCUCUAGGGACACAGGAGCCUCUCCUGGCAGCCUUAGGCUCUCCUCUCAUGGCCAGAGCCCUCCCCAGGCCAAGCCGGGCCAGCUCCAGGAGGCUCCCAGUCCUGCAAAUAUGGCCACUUCCUGCAACCCUGGGCCCAGCCAGCUCAGCCCAAGAGGAUCCCCUGCCUAAACCCAGUCCAGCCACAGCCUGCUCCUGACUGGGUGGAGAAGAACCCCAGGCCCACCAGGACCCUGCAGACUGGGAGGCCACAGGAGAGCUGCCCCAUGUACCCACCAAUAAAAUGCUCU